AUGACCACCACAAUGACCCAAACCCCCGAGCCCCGGACAUUCACUCACCGUUCUUUGUCUCCUCAUAAGGGUGCCAAUGAGAUCAGUCCUCACGAAAGAUUUCCUUCCUUUGACGAUUCUUCCUCGAAUUUCCAGCUCAACACGCCCACCGCGGUCGAGAGUCCGCUGGAAAUCAUUCCAGGACAACUCCCCAAUCAUGAGUUCAAAUGGCCGGCCAGAAAAAUGAGCCAAAGGCUCCGCGAUGCAAGACCAUCAGGAGUUUAUACACACCGCCCCAGAAAAAGUGUCAGCGACGCAAUAAACAAAUUCCGAACUCGGCAAGGAAGCGUCAGUGAAAAUGCGCAAGAGUUGGCUCAGGCACUGAAAGCACCGGUCUCUUAUAAACUUAUUGCUCUUUGCAUUAUUUGGUACAUGACCUCGGCGUUAACCAACACCUCGUCCAAGUCGAUCUUGAACGCCCUACCCAAACCGGCGACACUGACGAUUGUCCAAUUUGCCUCGGUCUCGAUUUGGUGCUUGAUAUUGACGACCUUGGCAUCUAUUUUCCCAUCUCUGAAAAGAGCUCUUCCGGCAUUGAAGAAUGGGCUCAGGAAGCCGUCUUGGGAUGUCAUGUAUACCGCGUUUCCGCUUUCGAUCUUCCAAUUGUUGGGCCACCUCCUCAGCUCAUAUGCCACCUCCAAGAUUCCGGUCUCGCUUGUCCAUACCAUCAAAGGCUUGUCGCCGUUGUUCACGGUGCUCGCGUACCGGGCCGUGUUCCGCAUCCGCUAUAAACGAGCCACCUAUUUGUCACUGGUACCACUCACUCUCGGCGUCAUGUUGGCGUGUUCGACCAAUUUCUCGACCAACUUCUGGGGUAUCAGUGCAUCCUUGGUGGCCACCGUCGUUUUUGUGACCCAAAAUAUUUUUUCCAAGAAGCUCUUCAACGAAUCAGCUCGCGCCGAGGCCGAUGGGCAGACUCAUCUCCCACGCAAAUUAGACAAGCUCAAUCUCUUAUGCUAUUGCUCGGUGGGAGCCUUCAUGCUAUCGGCUCCCGUUUGGAUCUAUACAGAAGGGUUCGAGCUCGUUCAGGAUCUCUGGAAAGAUGGAUCGCUUUCCCUGUCGGCCCAGAAAGGCGCUUUGGAUCAUGGAGAGCUGAUGUUGGAAUUCAUCUUCAACGGAAUCUUUCACUUUUUCCAAAACAUCAUGGCAUUUGUUCUCCUUUCCAUGUUGUCCCCGGUGUCAUAUUCGGUGGCCUCACUUAUCAAACGCGUGUGGGUCAUUGUCCUGGCGAUCAUUUGGUUCCGGAGUUCAACCACGAAGGUUCAAGUGGUUGGAAUUGCCCUCACCUUUUUUGGUCUCUACCUCUACGAUCGAACCAGUAUGGAAGAUGCCGCCGAGAGAAGAACAAAGGCCGACCAUUUCCGUCACAAAUCGGCCCUAUUGCCGGUCACGGAAGUGCAAACUCCCGGUAUACAGGACAGCUACGCUGUACAUGAUGAUUACUCCAAUGAGAUGUCCGAGUCACACCCUAAAAGGGAUGACAGUCGCGUUCGACAGCACGGACAUACUGAUUCGACCUUUUCAACCGGUUGGCUUCCUCCUGGAACGAAACAAGAAAGUACUUGGGAAGCAGGAGAUCAAGCAGAAAACAAACAAUAG